GUUUUUUCUUCAUCGAAACGUCCAACGAUAACAACAACAACGUGUCCGCUUCGCGUAAAUAACUUCCACCUUAUUUUAUUGUUGUUGGCAAGUGAAAAAGCAAAAACGAAAAAAACCAACCUUACUUGUAAAUAAAUUGUUUAAAGUAAUACUUAAGAUUUCAUUGCCAGCAGUUAAAAAUUGCGCGAGUGCCGGGGAAGAUAUUAGCAUUAGAGUACAGAGUGAGAGGGAGACGAAGACUCCGUCAAGGACAUGAAAAUUGUGUAAAUUGCGUUUAACAAAAUAUAAAUAAAAAAUAAUUUACUUCAAACGACAACAGAACAUAUACAGUACAAAGCUAGAUAAUUAAUUGUAAGAGAAAAGUAUUAUUAACAAAAGCAACCAAAAUUAAGUUGGAAAUGGCUGCCAAUAAUCUGAGACAAAUACCCUUGACCUGCAGCGGGCAUACGCGACCUGUGGUCCAUCUGGAUUUUAGUGAUAUAUGCGAUUCCGGUUAUUUUCUGAUAUCGGCUUGCAAAGAUGGCAGUCCCAUGUUGCGACAUGGCGAUACCGGAGAUUGGGUGGGUACAUUUGAGGGACACAAGGGUGCCGUUUGGAAUGCAACCCUCAAUCGGAAUGCCACUUUGGCCGCUUCGGGUGCAGCGGAUUUCACAGGCAAGGUUUGGAAUGCGGUAAGCGGGGCAGAGAUUCACAGCUUCCAACAUAAGCACAUUGUGAAGAGCGUGGCCUUUGAUACGCAGUCCGAGAACAUUGUGACCGGUAGCAAUGAGAAACUGGUGCGAGUCUUUAAUUUGGAGCAGCCAGAGGCAGACCCGGAAAUAUAUUGUGGCCAUACCGGGGCUAUUAAACGGGCUUUGUUCUGUCGUGGCGACAAAUGCAUUAUCUCGGCGGCGGAGGAUAAGACCGUGCGCCUUUGGGACCGCAUGACCGGGAUCGAAGUGCAACGCCUACAAUUUCCCAACAAUCCCAAUAGCCUCGAGAUCUCACGUGACAAUCAUGUGCUGACCAUAGCACACGGGUCGAGCAUUAGUUUCUGGGAAAUUGAUACGCUUAAAAAGCUAAAGGAGGUGAAAGUGCCGACAAAUGUGGCGUCGGCCAGUUUGCAUCCGGACAAGCAUGUGUUUGUGUGCGGCGGCGAGGACUUUAAAAUGUACAAAUUCGAUUAUAUCACAGGCAAUGAGAUCGAAUCCUUCAAAGGUCACUUCGGUCCUGUGCAUUCGGUUAAGUUUAGUCCUGAUGGCGAACUCUAUGCCAGUGGCUCUGAAGAUGGCACCCUGCGCCUUUGGCAGACCACAGUGGGUAAGACCUAUGGCCUUUGGAAAUGCACCGAGCCGAACGACAUGAACAACUCAAUAAAUUCGCCACGGGAAGUGCCGGCAAACUGAUGUUGGAGAAGCUCCAGUCGCUGUUAUACAACAGUACAUCAUCGGAAAUGAAAAGUGAUUGAGAAGUGAUUUAAGGGAUGGAGAUAAUCUAUAUUCCGAAGCAAACAAACUAAAUCUCAUUGGCAUUAAAUGGUUAAAUCACACACAAAAGCUACAUACAUAUUGUGAAAUGCAAUAGAUAAUGAAAUAAAUAAAUCUAAGUUUAUCUCUUAGCAGA